CUGCGUGACGCAGCAGGCAGCUAGCCGUAUGUGUCAAACAGCUGUGCGGCCAAGUCUCAAAUGGAAGCACAAAUUAAAUAACAAUAACUACAUUUUGAUACAGUCACAGAAAUUAAUGGCGCUGCGCAGUAUCAACAAACUGGAUGUCCUCAUGAAACGAUGUACGCCCACGUUGUACUACUGCCGUAACAAUUCCGCGCACACUGCAGCCAACAUCGUCAGCAGUCAAAACACAAGUGCCAACAAGAGCGACGAUAACAACGACGACAAUAAAUAUAAAAAAAAUGGAUACAGAGGCUACAGUUGGCGCAGCGCCAUUCGCUUCUUUGUGCCGUUCUCGCUUGGUGCACUGGCGAGCACAAUGGUUGCACAGCGCGAGGAGUUGACACCAACGAUCUCGGCGCGAACUCUAACCGGUCGCCGGCGUGAAUUUAAUUUCAUUGCGGAUGUUGUCGCUGGCUGCGCGGACUCUGUCGUCUACAUAGAGAUAAAGGACACGCGGCACUUUGACUAUUUCAGUGGGCAGCCCAUUACAGCAUCGAACGGUUCUGGCUUCGUCAUUGAGCAGAAUGGACUCAUAUUAACCAAUGCUCAUGUGGUCAUCAACAAACCUAAUACUAUGGUACAAGUGCGUCUGUCCGACGGACGCACGUUUCCAGCCACCAUCGAAGACGUGGAUCAAACGUCCGAUUUGGCUACAUUGCGCAUUCAAGUAAACAACCUGUCUGUAAUGAAGCUGGGCAAGAGCAAUACAUUGCGUUCUGGCGAAUGGGUAGUUGCCCUGGGCAGUCCGCUAGCGUUGAGCAAUACGGUGACGGCCGGGGUCAUUAGCUCAACGCAGCGUGCUUCACAGGAGCUGGGAUUGCGCAAUCGCGACAUAAAUUACCUGCAAACUGACGCUGCCAUUACAUUUGGCAACUCCGGCGGUCCUCUAGUUAACCUGGACGGCGAGGCCAUUGGAGUCAACUCCAUGAAAGUAACUGCUGGCAUUAGCUUUGCCAUACCCAUAGACUAUGUUAAAGUGUUUCUCGAGCGUGCCGCGGCACGUCGCAAGAAAGGCUCAGCUUAUAAGACAGGCUAUCCAGUCAAACGGUAUAUGGGCAUCACAAUGCUCACCCUCACUCCCGACAUACUCUUUGAGCUGAAAUCCCGAACGCAAAAUAUGCCGAACUCCUUAUCGCACGGCGUUCUCGUCUGGAAGGUAAUUGUGGGGUCUCCAGCGCAUAGCGGUGGUCUUCAGCCGGGUGACAUUGUAACCCAUAUUAACAAAAAGGAGAUCAAAAACUCCUCGGAUGUUUACGAUGCGCUAGCAGAUGGUAAAAAGGAAUUAGACAUUGUCAUAAUGCGGGGCGUUAAGCAAAUGCGUGUAACUAUUACGCCAGAAGAUCCUUGAUCCGAGAUUGAUUCAGAUACAAACUUUAGUCUUAUAAGUGCUCUUCAAAUUGGUAAAUUGGCUUUUGCAUAAAUUUGUAUAAUGUUUUGUGAUUUGCUAUAUAAAAAGGAACCGCCAGUCCAGUAUAACGCAAAUGCAAUAGCUAAUUAGGUUGCUUUCAUGUGGCAUUCAGCGAUUUGUCAAGCUGCGCAGUAAAGCCAAUACAAAUAUAACAUAUCAAA